AUGUUCGCCAGACAAGCCCGCAACACGGCCAGAUCCGGAAUCAGAUCCGUUGGUGUGAGACCAAUCUCCCAGUACAUCACCAAGGCACAAGGUUUCUUGAACCAGGCCAUUUACUGGACAAAGGUCACCGUCGAGGUGAGCAAGCAAAUCUACAUCAGGGAAGGCCUGGCUCCUCCUUCGGUUGCAGAGAUCCAACAGGUGUACCAGGGACUGUACAAAAAGGCUCUGGAAUUUGCUGCUCAGCCAAAGACGUCGGCCGACGGCUUGAUCAAGGUCGCCAAGUCUCUGUCCAAGGACGAGUAUCUCAGAUUCGGUGCCUACUUCAUCCAGAUUGUCGGUCUGUUCUCUCUUGGAGAGAUCAUUGGCAGAAGACAGAUCGUCGGCUACCCAUCUUUUGGUCCUAAAGAGCACCACCACUAG